AUGCUCGUGGACGCACAGUGGGCAGGUCGCCAUCUUGGGUUUGCAGAAGCUUCCGCGAUUUCCUCCACGGAGUAAGUUUUGCUACUUUCGUUAAUUCGUCUGCCGGAGCUCUUUUAUUUUUGGAGGGAUUCAGCGAAGAAAAAGAUGACGGGACGUCAACCUGCCUGUGUCAUCGACAAUGGAACGGGGUACACAAAAAUGGGAUUUGCUGGAAACACAGAGCCCCAAUAUAUUUUGCCAACAGCUAUUGCCAUAAAGGAAUCAGCGAAAGUUGGAGAUCAAGCGCAGCGAAGAGCUGCCAAGGGUAUUGACGAUUUAGAUUUUCACAUUGGUGAUGAAGCAAUAGAUAAACCUGGCUAUGCAACAAAGUGGCCCAUAAGGCAUGCUAUCGUGGAAGACUGGGACUUAAUGGAACGAUUCUGGGAGCAUUGUAUAUUCAAAUACCUGCGAGCUGAACCAGAAGAUCAUUAUUUCCUUCUUACUGAACCACCUUUAAACACACCCGAAAACAGAGAGUACACUGCAGAAAUUAUGUUUGAGUCAUUUAACAUCCCAGGCUUGUACAUAGCUGUUCAGGCUGUGUUGGCUCUAGCUGCAUCAUGGACAUCUCGUCAAGUUGGAGACAGAACACUCACCGGUACAGUGAUUGAUUCAGGAGAUGGUGUCACUCAUGUUAUUCCAGUUGCUGAAGGCUAUGUCAUUGGCAGCUGCAUAAAACACAUCCCCAUUGCCGGUCGCGAUAUCACCUUCUUCGUUCAGCAGCUUCUCCGUGAACGUGAAGUUGGAAUACCACCAGAGCAGUCAAUGGAGACUGCUAAAACCAUCAAAGAACGCUGGGGAUACAUCUGCCCAGACAUUGCAAAAGAAUUUGCUAAGUAUGAAGCUGAACCAGCCAAGUGGAUCAAGAAAUAUGAGAGUGUGAAUGCUAUCACCAAGAAGCCUUUCUCAGUAGAUGUGGGGUAUGAACGAUUUUUGGGCCCGGAAAUUUUCUUCCACCCGGAGUUCUCUAACCCAGAUUUCACCACCCCUCUGUCAGAGGUUGUAGACAACGUCAUCCAGAACUGUCCAAUUGAUGUCCGUAGACCUCUUUACAAGAAUAUCGUGUUGUCUGGCGGUUCAACCAUGUUUCGUGACUUUGGUCGCCGUCUUCAGCGUGAUAUCAAACGUGCAGUGGACGCUCGACUGAAACUCAGUGAGCAGCUAAGCGGAGGACGCAUCAAGCCGAAACCAAUUGAAACUCAAGUUAUCACUCAUCACAUGCAACGCUAUGCUGUGUGGUUUGGAGGAAGUAUGCUGGCUUCUACGCCGGAAUUCUAUACAGUAUGCCACACAAAGGCGGACUAUGACGAGCAUGGACCCAGCAUUUGUCGUCACAAUCCCGUGUUUGGCGCCAUGUCUUGAGAAAAAAGCUUCAUUUCUUAGGUCACUUUUAGAUUCCGACGAAAUACACUUUGAUCUUUGCAAGAUAAUUGUCAAAUAGAAACUUUUAACCAAUCGUAUGCUGAGAGUAAUCGUUAUUCUUUGGUCGGCGGUAGGUUACCUUGAAGACCAGCCGCUGAAUUCAGGUACUGAAGGCUCUUAGUUAAAGGUUGAGCUUUGACUGAAAGAGUCAGCAGUUUUCUUUGUAAGUUUAGAAAUUAAGCGUACCGCUAAAGAUUGUAACAAAUGAUUCUAUUGUUUUUUUUUUUUUGUUUUCAUGAGUGACACAAAGUUCAUUUUCUUCAAAAUAUUAUACGUUUCUGAAUUUUGUUGAUGGUAAUAGCAUUUUGAAACAUUUUCAUAGCGAGUGUCAAUCAGAAAAGGAAUUUCGCGACAUCCAGAACUGCGUAGUGGAAAUACUUUGUAAAGUUAGGUGCGUUGAUUUUGUAUGAAGAAGAAGAACUCGGAUAGUUGGUGAUUUUCGUGUAGCUAAAGAGUUAGCCUGACUUAACUUAUGUUUUAAAAUUGCAACAGAAGACCACUUUUUCGAGCUUUCAAAGAAGUUGAAAGCUUAUUAAAGGUUGACUUCCAUUUAGACGUACUAUAGCGGUACAAAAAAUUCGUUUCUUAAAUAGACUUGAUUUGACUUCAUAAAAUUUCUUUUCGUUUUUGCGAGCAAGGGAUCUUUGUUUGUACUGGAAAUGCAGCCUUUCACCUGUUGUAGCACUUAAGCGCGAACGGGCCAGCCUUUUUGGCCAACCAAAUGUGAUUCAGAGAAUUGGCAAAAUCAUUUUCCAACUCGAUGUUGUAUCGUUUGGUCAACCUUAAUAUUUCCACGCUUUGUAUGUUAAACAGAUUUUCUUGGAUUACGUAUCGCCACAGCGAACGGUGUAUUGAAACAUAUUUUGAAAAAUAAAAUUCCAUUGUUAUAGAAUCAAA